AUGGCCUGGCUGGUUCUUCCAAACUUCAGGGGAGCAGCAUUCAUCUACAACAGGUUUGUGAGGGAGCAGGUGAAAAAGCAUACUGCCAUACAGGCUGCAGGUGCUGGCAGCACUAGCAACAACAACGUUAUUAUUAGUGCUAACGAAGAUGACAAGAUCCUUUCUACUUCUCCAAAAGAGAAGAAGUCCAAGAGGAAGCUACUUUCGAUGAUCAUUCCAAAGAAGCUCAAGUUUUGA